AAGGCCGCUUCACACACUCAGUGUCCCGGCAGCUCCAGCCACGGGCGGGUGUCAUACCGUCCCGCGUAAUCUCUCUCUCUUGUGGCUGCUCCGUCCUCCACCAGCUGCUCCGCUACCGUCAGAUCCAACCUGCAAUAACCGCGAGCGACUGCUUAUCUAGCGUCGUUACCCCCUGCGCGCGCAUUCCUCCGAAGGCCACCCGGCGGCGUGUGAAAGCCAGGAGCCCCGCGGUCAGGCAAGGUUGCUCUCACCAUCCAAGACUCCAUACAGGCGUCGUGGUUGUCGUCGGCACAGGACGACGGUAGUUGUGGCCACGCCAAGAAGGAAUUCAUCUUGAGCUCCGGCCCCAGGAAAGAGCAGCAGCUGGGAGUUAAUCGUUCUAAUUGAGGAAGGAACCCGUCCAUCAUCUGACCAAAUCUGAGAGGAGAGACAACGACAAGGAAUACAAAACCUGUAUAAUAUCUUGGCCACGACUUGGAGGAGAAUUAUAAGGAUCUUAAGGCAACUCAGGCUUUGGUCGCCGUCCCCACCAUGGAGCGGCUACAGGUGAUGAGGCCAAACUUGUAUGAUGUGCUGGGACCUCUCGACGCCCCAGACGAUAUGGAGGCGUUUGAGGUGGAGGGAGAGGCAGCAGCGCGGGUCAGCCUGGUGGAGCAGCUGACGGAGGAGGUCAGGAGUCGGGCUGACGCCCUGGGCUGUGGAGAAGUCGUGGUACCUCAAGCCCUCACAGACCAGGUCACAGCCCAGGUCCUGCGGCUUGCUGACUCCGAGCCUUGUGGGCUAAGAGGGGGGGUGUUGCAUGUGCACUACGACGACGGCCAGCAGAGGUGUGGUCUUGCUCGAGUGGUACUCGACCCCACCAUGCCCAACACCUUCCAGCUCCACCUCACACUCUCUCCAGACACCACCACCUGGUAUCACAAGAUGGCCAGAAUUAUCAAGCCUCUUCGCAAGUCCAGUCCCCUCCUCCUCAGCACCACCUUCAAGCUGCACAAAGUGAGACUCUACCCGGAGGAGUGACCACCUCAGCUCUUCCUCGGCUACCUAAGAUAUUGCUUGUGUCACAGCUGCUAGCUUCUCUUGUGGCGUCGGUGUGCCGGGGACCGUCAGUCAGUCAGUCAGUCAGUCAGUAGGCGUUUGAUAUGGCGUCUCCCGCAGGCCACAGUGUGGGCGACUCGCUAGGUAGACUGGUUGGAGACCAGGGGGGGGGGCCGCAUACAGGUUAUGUGUUGGACUGUUUGAGGCUGAGCCUCUCGUUAAAGCCCUUUGUACGCGUUAGAAUUAAGACAC